GGCGAUUAGCCUUCAAAACAAAUUGCGCUUUUAAGGAGUUAGAUCGUGGGCGUAUUAGUAGAUUGUUACAUGCUAUGCACUGUCACUGGCUGGUGUUAACCUCAUAAAAGCUGGUGUCAAAGCAGAUAAGAGCUGCAGAAAUGAUUCUACCAAGAAUUGGGAGGGUUUUUCUGUGCAAAUCAUCCAUUCUGAAAUCACAGUUGUCGGCACCAUCACCAGCAUACUGUGCUCAAAUGUGUGCAAAGAUGUCAACAAGCAACGUUAGGUCAUCUGGUAUCUCAUCUGGCAAAGUGGGAGUGAAUGGUGUGAACCUGUAUUAUGAGCAAGUAGGGAAUGGUCCAGAACCAGUUCUCUUGAUGCCUGGGGCUCUGGGAUCAACCCAGACUGAUUUCAAACCCCAGCUGGAGAAACUGAAUCGAGAUCUCCUCACAGUCGUAGCCUUUGACCCUAGAGGAUACGGGAAGUCCCAACCACCAGUGAGGGACUUCCCCUUGGAUUUCUUCCACAGGGAUGCCAAAGAUGCCAGGGAUCUGAUGCAGGCCUUGGGACACAAGAAAUAUUCUCUGAUGGGCUGGAGUGAUGGGGGUAUUACAGCUCUGAUUCUUGCUGGAACCUACACAGAUGAUGUCAAGAAACUUAUUGUAUGGGGAGCUAACUCGUACGUCACUCAAGAUGAUAUAAAGCUUUACGAAGCAACCCGUGAUGUUAGCAACUGGAGUGAAAGGAUGCGAGCCCCGAUGGAAGCCGUUUAUGGAAAGGAGAACUUUGAGAAAGUAUGGCAUGGUUGGUGCGAUGCACUCGGGAAACUUGCCUCAAUGAAUGAUGGAGACCUUUGCAAGAAGGAAACAAAGAAUAUCCAAUGUCCAACCCUGAUAGUCCAUGGUGACCUUGAUGCUAUGGUGGUCUCUGAACAUCCAGAGUUUCUUCAUAACACAAUCCAAGGUUCAAAAUUGAUAAGAUGGCCCAAGGCCAAGCACAACCUUCACCUGAGAUACGCAGACGAGUUCAACAAAGAGUCUGAACAGUUCCUCACUGGAGUGACAACGAAGCUAUAGCAUUCGACUCCACAUUCUAGGCUCGUUCAGACAACUGCUUUAAAGAUACCUCCCAAGGAAAAGCUUUAUGAGAUAAGGGUCAUUCCAAGAAGUUGGGGCAAUUUUUGUGACAUACCAGGAGUGAGAAAAUAUGUCUCCUAUCAACUGUAACAAUGUUUGCUCAACUUGAGUUUUGCAUCAAAAGCAUAGCCAACUAUCUUCAGAAGUACUUGAGCUUCAUGGUGAAUCAUUGUCAUGGACAUAAAGUUUAUGCAGUGUCCAUGUAACGCUGGUAAAAAUAUUUUGAAGGAAAGCAACUCAGUGAAACAGGAACGAUUUUGGCAAGGCACUACUAUAAUAUAUAUUCAUUGCAUAAAAAUCUUCCAUGUGUAGUAGAUCUCGUACCAACGUUACAUGGACACCGUAAUAUUUUUUGCCUCAACUUCAUGGAAUGACCCAUAGUGCGUGCACAUUUCUCUUUCUAUAACACAAAGAGCAGUGAGUAUACAUUGUUUCAAGCAGGCGAGAUUCUCUCCCCCCUAAACAGUGUCUCUUACCAUUCACCUAGCUACACACAAAAUUUUGCGGAGGUCGUUUUUAGGUGGUAUUUAGGUAUUCAUGUCUGAACAGAGCUUUAUCAACUAUUAGAAAUCGUUGUCAUCCAACAUUCAGCGCUUUAUUUCUUAAAUGAAUACAUGACUUAUUUCAAACAACGUAUGAGUGGAAUAUGAACAUCAUUUUGUAGUACAGUCAAACCUGUCUAUAGCGACCGCCCAAGGGAAACACAAAAAGUAGUCUUUGUAGACAGGUUCCUUUAGUACAUGUUUCAAUGAGAAACCAUUUUCAAGGGAAACAAAAAAUGUGGUCCUUGUAGACAGGUGGUCACUAAAGCAGGUUUGACUAUACAUGUAUAUUAUUCAUAUGGUUUGUGUAUGGGUAUACAAUACAAUGCAUGCAUCGUGGAAUAUGAAGAUGAAUAUGUGCAAGUUGGGUUUUUUUAUAAUUAUUAUUAUCAACAAAUCUAAAAUAUGUACGCAUGUAUUCACAUUAUGGAAAUUUGUUAGAUUAUAAGCAAUAGGGCAAACAAUCUGUAACUGAUUAGGAUGAUGUUAUAUUUUGAAGGAUAGUCUAGACCAAAGAAAAGGAAAAUCCUAUGAUUAAAUGCUGCACAACUCUGUCAAUUUUUUUGGUAAUAUUGUAUACAUGUAUUAUCAUGUUUUGUACGAGAUAAACUUGCAAUGUGUUCAUGAGACUAUAUUAGAAGCAAGCACACCAUUUACAUUUGUUUUAUUGAUAGUUAUUUACAAUAUUUAUCCUGAUUUCAUAAUUUCAAUGAAUUAUUUUUUUGUAAAGCACUUUGUUAAUGUGUACUAGGCUACAUUCAUUGUAUGAAAUAAUUUUUAGUGUAUGACUAUGGCCCCCAAAAAGUCCAUAAAGAUAAGCAAUAGAAAGUGGACAUGAGAAUUUUUUUUUUUUUUUUGGAGAGGUUUAAUUGAGGUGUAAUUGUAUUGAUGAAAUCAUUUAGCAUGAAGUGCCUUUUUUCAUGUGAUUAUAAAUAAUGUUCUUCAACAGUAUUGUCUGUUGAGAGCCAGAAGGGUGUUUAUUCUAUUUCUGUCAGUGUAGGAGUUAAUGCCCUUUUGGCUUUCAGCAGCCAAUGUUUUGUAAAUUGCGAUGUACCUUUAUGUUUUUG